AUGGUAAUGUCUAAACAACAGCAACUUUUACUUGUUCUCAUCGCCAGCUUUGCUACAUGUCGGGCUGGCUUAUUGGCCUUGUCACCAGAAGAUUUCCAGCAAGCGGGUGACAUUAAAAUCGCCACCAUUGUGCAUAACGCACCCUCGGCCGUCUCCCACACCACAUUCACACGUGUGCAUAACCAUCGUGACAGCAGCCUGACCACGCUGCCACAACUCGCCAGCACAGCUGCCACACAAACGACGGAGGUGCAUCAGCCGAAGCCGUCCGUUGCCAGCCAACCCGUCUACACGCCGCAACAGUUGAGUGUCUUCCCAACGACAAUUAUAAAGCAUGAAUUGCCAAAAGCUCCGUUGCUAGACAGUGCUGCGGCUACAGCCGCAGCGGGCAACGGUGGAACGCCAAUCAUCAACUCAUUGACACAUACGCCGGCACAUUUGGCCUACUCUGCACGGCCCGUAGUGUAUCAGACGCUUCCGGAAAUAAAGCCGGUGCGAAAAAUUAGUUUUGAGGAAUCAGUGCCUAGUCCAAGGAAUAAGCAAUACUACGGUACCCAUUAG